UAAAUAGAAUUUGAAUAUGGAAGAAAAGGUGGCAAAGGAGACAUCUGUGCAUGUAAACCCCCAAUUCUCCUUUGAGCUAAGGAUAUAGAUCAUAGAUACAAGAAAUUUACAAGAAAAUGAUGAGGUCCACGACAGAGUUAAACAAGAGACUAAGCACUUUAUGUCGAAAUAACUCUUUGGGUAGUCCUUCUGCCGAGUGGAAGCCGAUUGACCUCUCCGAUCCUGAAAUAUACUCUAUCCUUAAAAGAAGCCUAAAGCGGCUCCAGAGGGAGAGAGUCCGAGGUCAGAGGAAGUAUAAAGAGAGGCUCAGGAAUUUGCUUAAUAACGUACAUUCAGUCAGAAUUCAAACUUCCCAAGAUAACUCCUGUACGCUGAUUGAAAGAGUCCAGGAUUAUGAGGGAUCUGAAACAGAAAGCAAUUCCGAUAGCAACCAAAUAAAUGAGGAAUUCAAGGAAGAAAGAGGUAUCCUUCAUUCCUCUCAUAAUCCAAGAUCAAGCUCUUCGAUAAAUGGGGAUGGAAAUAUACAGAAUGAUAAUAAUUCUUCACUUAUCUCCCAAAACCAGGAUGUGAUAAUCAAAAGAUUAGAGAAAAUAUUGGAGGAGAGGAAGCUAGCAGGUGAUUCAGGUGAACAUUCUCCCUACAGAGUAAAGUUAACAGCAUUGGAUAACUCCUGUGUGAUGUUUGCAUUGCACUCGCAAGCUCCAAAGAGGCCUCAAGCUGAGGAAAAAUGCAAUCAAUCUUUUAAGCACUCUCCUCUCACUAACUCUCCUCUGAAUAUUGGGCGAGAGAACGAAAGUGAGGAAGAGAAGGAUUCCUUCAGAAAUAGGAGCCUAAACUCAAUAAAAAUAGGAAAUUUUGAAGAAGAGAAGCAUAAAAAUUUUGAAUCUCCAGAGGACAUUUUAAAGACAAAGAUGCUUAAGCAGAAAGUUAUCGACCGUCAAUUCCAAAAUAAUUUGAGAAAGAAGCUCCUCAAAGUUCAAGAAAGAGGUGAUACUGAUCAACCGGGUAUCAAGGUGUCAGGAAGCCUCUUCAGACAGAACAUUAACCAAAGCAGGAAAAUAAAAAGAAAUUGUCAUACAAGUUAUUUACGGUCCAAGAAUGAUUCCCUGAAUGACACUGGCAAUGAAGGCAUGCUUAAGUCUAAGCUAGAGCACCUAAAAGCUGUACAAAACCAAGAAGAGUGCAAGUAUGGGCUAGUGGAUUCUAAAGAAACUCAAGAGCUCCUUGCUUCUAAGCUAGCUGAUCUUGAAGAAUACAGAUCUGCCAAGCAAAGUAUUGAGAAUAGUGAUAAGAAGAGAGCACAUAAUAAGCAAAGAUCUUCUAAUUUUAGCUACUCUAGUGGGUUCCUGAGUUCAGGUGAUAAAAGUCCAAGCUCUAGUAUUCUUACUCCUGUGAACGCAAUCAAUUUUCAAAAUGUGUUGAACUUGAAUAAUAACAAUUCUGCAAAAUCUUCCGGGUAUGAUAACUGCUCAACAGAUGGACCUGAAGAUCCAGGGGACUUCCAAUACCCUGAGACCAAUACAAAAUUUUCAAUGCAUAAGUUAUUCCAGAAGCUGUAUGCCCUUAAGGAGGAACACCAGAUGUAUGAAUCAGAUAAUAGUGAAGAAGGAAAAUCCUAUUAA